AUGGCGCGUGCAUCGCGUCGCCGUGGACGCGCCGAGCCCGAGCCCGAGCCCGAGCCAGAAGUAGUCGAAGAGGUUGAAGAGGUCGAGGAAAUCCAGGAGGAGACGCCAGAGGCCGAAGCCGAAGACGACGAAGAAGAAGAGGCAGCAGGCACCCAAGACCAGGUCGAACAUGCUGAUUCCGAAAACGACAACGAAGCAGCGCAAUCGGGCGAGGUUUUCAGCCUGCAGUUCGACGAGGAGCUGACAUGGAGGGUCGGCCGGCCCAUCGCCGUGUCUACGCUACUCAAGCGCCUCGAGAAGCUCUCCGAAGAGCUGGGCACGCUGGAACAGGAUCAUGUCGACCUCGAAUCUCUGUCCCACGUCUGCGAAGCUCUUGGACAGCGCAACCUCCUGGCUCACAAGGACCAAGGCGUGAGGGCCUACACCGCGUCCUGCAUCGCCGACAUUCUGCAACUAUCCGCCCCCAAUGCCCCCUUCACACCCGACCAGCUCCAGAUGUUUUUCGAUCUCGUCAUCAAAGACGUCUUCACCCACCUUGGCGAUCAGUCACACCCCUACCACAAGCAGCACAAGUACGUCCUGGCUUCACUCAACGAUACUCAAAGCAUCCUCCUCAUCAAUGACGUUGAUGGCGCCGACAACUUGCUGCAGCGCAUGUUCUCCAGCUUUUUUGACACCGCCUCGAGCACGACCCACGACGAUGGCGUUUCCAAGGACAAUGCAAGGCGCAUGUCAGAAAUGCUCAUCACCCUCAUCGAAGAGUCAAGCGGUAUCAGCCCCAAGAUUAUCGAACUCAUCAUGGCGCAGUUCCUCCGCGCAGCACCCCCGGGAGGCGCAAGCUCGCGCCCAGAGCGCGACAACAGCAGUCAGUCGACACUGCUCCUGAAGUCCGAGCCCCUGGCCUAUGUCAUGGCCAAGGAAAUCUGCAUGCAGUGUUCUGAGAAGAUGGUCCACUACGUGAGCCAGUACUUCAGCGACGUCAUCAUUGAUGCGUCUCGGUUCGCGGCCAAAUCCAACGGCCACCGUCACGGCGGCGACAAUGAGGACGAUGACACUCCUAGGGGCCCGACAGACUCCGAGGUCAGAGAGUUGAGAAAGGCGCACCUGCUCAUCAAGGAACUCUGGCGUGCCGCACCCUCGGUGCUUCAAAACGUCAUUCCUCAGGUCGAGGCUGAGCUCUCUGCUGACAAUGUUGAGCUGCGACAGAUCGCCACGGAAACGCUGGGCGAUAUGAUCUCCGGCAUUGGCGCGGCUGGACCGCCUCCUGUGCCGGUCCUGGACCCAGCAGCCUAUCCUCCUCUGCGUCUUGCCGACGAGGACCCUUCACAAGUUUCCCUCAGUAUCCUGACGACGCCCUUGUCACCACAGUCGUUUGCGCAGACCCAUCAUACUGCGUACACGAGCUUCAUCGGCAGAAGCAGAGACAAGACGCCAGCAAUCCGCGCCGCUUGGACAACUGCAGUUGGCUACAUUCUGUCCACCUCGGCAGGCGGUAUCGGUCUGAGCCGCGAGGAACAAGCAGAGCUAGUCCGCGCCCUUGCUGAAAAGCUGGGCGACGGCGACGAGAAGGUUAGGCUGGCAGCUGUGAAGACGAUCGAGCUCUUUGGGUUCCGAGACUUUGUUCUGAAGCUUGGCUCUGGUAGUGGCAGUGACAAAGAAACUCCCAUCAUUCGCAGCCUGCUGGAUAGGUGCCGCGACAAGCGACCAGCCAUCCGCGUGGAGGCCAUGACGCUGCUCGCAAAGCUUUGGGGUGUCGGCGCAGGCGAGUUGGCUGCUGGACAGGAGCUCGUCACCACAGCUCUCAAGAGCAUUCCUUCGACCAUUUUCAACGCGUGGUACGCCAACGACCUCGAGCUGAACGUCUUGAUCGACCGAGUCAUCUUCGAGUGCCUGCUGCCGCUUUCGUAUCCGCCCACCAAGACCAAAGGUUCUAAAAACACAGCGAGCCAGAGCCAGUCUGUCACAAGCGUUCCGUCGGAACAAGACAGCCUGCGCACCGAAAGGAUCCUGUUGCUUGUGCAGUCGCUCGACGCUCAGGCUCGCAAGGCUUUCUUCACCAUGCAGGCACGACAACCUCAAUUUGGCCAAGUCCUCGAGGCCUUUAUCAAGCAGUGCGAGGCCUACAAUGGCGGUGUGAUGGAUGCUGAGGGCCCCAAGAGGACAGCUGCGCUGGAGAGGACCAUUCAGUACAUUGGCCAGUUCUUCCCCGACCCCCUCAAGGUCAAGUCGGAUUACAUGAGGUUCGCCAAGGCGCAUGAUCGCCGAAACUACCAGCUCAUCAGGUUCGCCAUCAGCUCCCAGAGCGACUACAAAACGGUCCGCGGAGCGAUCAAGGAGUUGGUGAAGCGUAUGCAGAACAGUCCGAAGGGACAGGACCUUGCUACUGCGCUUGAUACCUUGAUUCCUUUCCUGUAUCGGUCAGCUUGCAUCAUCUUCAACAAGAGCCACCUCUCUGCCAUUUUGGAAUCAUCCAAGAGCAACAAGGAGAGCUUCGGCACGAUUGCCCACGAGAUCCUGCACGAAAUUUCCGCCCGGAAUCCAGACAUGUUCAAGAACUUUGUCGGCGAUCUGUGCGAAGAGCUCGUCGAGCAAGCCCCCACAGAGAAGAAGACCAAUGACCCAAGUACCGUGGAUAUCCUGCGGGCCUGUUCUUCUUUUGCCAAGAAGUAUCCCGCAGAGAUCCCCGACACCCAGAAAUUCACUCGCGCAUUGCAGCACUACGCCCUGUACGGCCGUCCUGUGAAAGCGUCCAAGUAUGCAAUCAAGAUCAUGCUGGCCAAGAACGAUAAGCAGGGGCAGGUUACGGCAACAGCCGUCUUUGAAAAGGUCAUGAAGCAGUUCGAGUAUGGCGCGCCUCACUUCCUGAACAAGCUGCAGGUCAUUGCUCAGUUGUAUCUGCAAGCGCCCAAAGUGGUAGAAGAGAAGGAUGAGGAGAUUCUCGACAUGGCCAUUCAAAAGAUCGUCCGCACAACGCGCGAAGAGGCUGUUAACGACUCGAGUGCACCCCAGUGGGUAGAAGACGCCAACAUGAGCGAGGAGCUCCAGGCGAAGCUGUACUCGCUGCGUAUUGCCGUCAACCGCAUCCGCAGCAAUGAGGAUCAGGAAGAGGCCAAGGCCCAGGCGGUGUCGGUGAUGAAGCUUCUCAUGACGCUCGUCAAGAAGGACGGCGAGAUCAGUAAGACUGGGAACACGCCGGCCCACUUCCGCUCCCGUCUGCGCCUGCUGGCCGGCCAGCUCAUCUUGAAGCUGUGCACGCUGAAACAUCUCGACGACACGCUGAACCACAAGGAUUUCCACACUCUGGCGUAUCUCGUGCAGGAUGCUGUGCUUGGUGUUCGCAAGGGCUUCGUGGAGAAGCUCAUGAAGUACCUCGUCCUCAACAGGCUCCGCCACCGCUUCUACACGAUCAUCUUCCUGACCGCGUACGAGCCGGAGCCGGAGCUCAAGCAGCACAUUGAAACGUGGAUUCGCUCAAGGGUACAGUCAAUGGCGGGGAACCCACAGAACCCGAUGGAGGCGAUACUGGCAAGGCUCAUCCCUCUGCUGGCUCACCACCCAGAUUACAGCACCGACCCGGAGAACCUGGUCGACCAUGCACAGUACCUCAUCUACUACGUCAGCCACGUGGCCACGGAGAAGAACCUCGGCCUCAUCUACAAGUACGCCGAGCGCGUGAAGCAGACGCGAGACAACCUCGACCCCGAGAAGAGCGAGAACCUCUACGUCGUCAGCGAUCUCGCUUCGGCCGUCAUACGAAGGUGGCAGGAGCGUAGGGGAUGGGCCUUCCAGGCGUAUCCGGGCAAGGUUGGCAUGCCGUCGGGCAUCUACGUCGGCCUGACGGACCACGACACGGCGCAGGCGAUCGCUACGAAGCAGUACAUCCCCGACGGCAUGGACAACAGGAUCGAUACCCUCCUGAAGGCGGUGGACAAGAAGAAGCGCAAGUCCGGCGACGAGCGAGGCGAUGGCGCCCCCGCCGUGAAGAAAGUCCGUACCAAGGAGCCGAAACCGGCGUCUGCGCGCCCCAUUGCCGCGCCCAAGCGAAAAUCAGCAGCCAAGGCCAAGGCCAAGCCCAAACGGCCCUCCAAAGCCGCUGGGCGCGCUUCGUCCCCCGUCGUCGACGAGGCGAACCGCCGGCGCAGCGGUCGGAGCCGGAAGACUGAGUCCAAGUACACGGAGCGCGACAGCGACGAGGACGACAACGAGAUGCUCGAAGACGGCGUCGCCGAGUGGGACUACGGUUCCGGCAGCGGCGAUGACCACGACGACGAGGUCGAAGACGACGGGGAGGAGGAGCAGGACAACGACAAGGCGCCCGAGGCAUCCGACUCGGAAAUGUCUGACGCCGCCAGCAACACCGACCACGAGGAGGACGAGGCGCCCGCGAAUCCCGCCAAGACCAAGAGCCCCGCGCAGAGCAGAAAGUCCGCCGCCGCAGCCGCCAAGCGCGACUCGUCCGUCCUGUCCGACCCCGCCUCGUCAGACCUGUCCGAGCCCGAGGAGUCCGACGACGAGAAGGACGCUACGCCGCCACCGGCAAAGCCCAAUGGGCGCAAGGCCCGCGGCGCUGCCAAGACGGCGGAGCUGCCGCGUCGGCCGGCGGCCAAAAAGGAGGCGGCCCCUGCGGCCAGGCCGACUAGGAGUCGGCGGAGCCGGGCUGCGAAGAGCGACGACAUGGACGUCGACUCGGAGUAG